AUGUCUGAAUCGAAGAUUACAACUUUCGCCAACGAGACAUUGGACAAGAUCUUCGCCUAUCUCGCCGACAAGGAUGCCUGGCUUGCUCUGAUUAAGGGCAAAACACACCGCAGCUUCAGAGCAUCAGCCCAGCAACUUCUCUACUGCGACAUCCAAGUACCUGCGCAACAUACUCCAGUUCAUAAUGGACGCUGCUCGAUGCUCUUGACCGCGCUCACAGCCGCCCCGCAUCUCGCCGGCUCAGUACAAACGCUACGAAUCGAUUGCCAGCUCGAAGGCGCGUACCCAUAUGGCAAACUAUCCCUCGAACGAGACGCGAUUCGGGGGAUUCUCGCCAAACUUGCGAAUUUACAAAACUUGACUAUCUUUAUCCUGGACGAUCCGCGAUCAACAUUUGAGCAAAUGGACGCAUCAUCCGAGAUUGCUCAAAUGUAA